UUGGCGCCUCUGCCAGUUUGUGGUAAGCAGCAUGCAGAGAUGCUGGUAGGAAGGACAUUAAAAACUGUUUUGCAUAUAAACGGCUCCAGAACCUGGUAGUGGCGGGGGUGGACUUCUUUUUUUUAAAAAAAAUUUCUAUUUUCGCCCCCAUCCAACACAACACACAAAAAUCUCCCAUUGCAGUUCUCAUAUCAGAAGGAAAUCGACCCGCUAUCGAACGCACAUUUUGUAGAAGGCGGUAUGACAAUGAGGACCUCUCAGACGAUGACAUAGCCAGCAUGAGGACUUUUGAUGUGGAGGAAAAGCUUAGUAGUGACUCAUACAAUUCAAGUUACGUGCAGUUUAUGAAAGGAAAAGAUUUUACCCUUGAAUAUGUGCAGAGAGAGACUAUCAAGGUCCCCAUUAUCUUCAGGGACAAAGAUGGUUUAGGAAUCAAAACGCCAGAUACCGAUUUCAGUAUCAGGGAUGUAAAACUCUUCGUUGGGAGUCGUCGUAUUGUUGAUGUUAUGGAUGUCAAUACACAGAAAGGGAUUGAAAUGAGUAUGUCGCAAUGGGUCAAAUACUACGAGACACCAGAGGCUGAAAGGGAGAAGCUCUACAAUGUCAUAAGCUUGGAAUUCAGUCACACAAAACUUGAGAACCUGGUCAAGCGGCCUGAUGUGGUGGACUUGGUGGACUGGGUCGACAAUAUGUGGCCACGACACUUAAAAGAAAAGCAGCUCGACUCCACAAAUGCAAUCGCAGAGAUGAAAUAUCCCAAAGUUCAGAAGUACUGCUUAAUGAGCGUCAAAGGUUGUUACACCGAUUUUCACAUUGAUUUUGGCGGCACUUCAGUUUGGUAUCACGUUCUUCGAGGAGGGAAGGUAUUCUGGUUAGUUCCACCCACAUCGCACAAUCUGGAGAUUUAUGAAGAAUGGGUUCUGUCAGGAAAGCAAGGUGAUAUUUUCCUUGGGGACAGAGUGGAUGGAUGCCAGCGAAUUGAGUUAAAACAAGGAUAUACCUUUCUGAUCCCUUCAGGAUGGAUCCAUGCAGUGUACACUCCAGUAGACACGUUGGUUUUUGGUGGAAAUUUCCUGCACAGCUUUAAUAUUCCCAUGCAGCUUUAUAUUUAUGGGAUUGAGGAUCGAACUCGGGUUAAUGCCAAGUUCCGUUAUCCUUUCUACUAUGAAAUGUGCUGGUAUGUCUUGGAAAGAUAUGUGUUCUGUUUGACAAAACGGUCUCAUCUCACCAAACAGUACCAGAGGGAAUCGAUGUUAAUUGAUACAGAGAAGAAACCAAAUACAGAGAGUCCUUCAUCAGAUUCCCGACUCGACAUGGAUGAGGAGUCUUCUGAUAUGCAUGUCAAGGAGGAGAAAGAUGAGACAAAAGAUAAAAUGAGCACUCAAAACACGAAAGGAUUUGAUGAUGAUUUGCCUUCUCCAGGCAGUGCACAUUCAGAAGGAAACGAUAGCACUGGAAAGACACAGAAACCGAUGAGGCAUUUAAAGCGGACUUUAUCUAAUGACUCAAACGACAGUACUAAGUCACCAAUGCUGACAGACUGCCCAAAGACCCCAAGCGGAUCUCCUGACCCCUCUCAGCCGGUAUCUGAGGGGUCUAACAAAUGGAUUCACCUGACUGAGUUUGAACUGAAAGGGUUAAAGGCACUUGUGGAAAAACUGGAAUCCCUACCAGAGAACAAGAAAUGUGUCCCUGAAGGAAUAGAAGAUCCUUAUGCCCUUCUGGAAGAUAUGAAGACUGUUCUGGAGGAACAUGCUGAUGAUGAUCAGAAAUUGGCUAUUACUGGAGUCCCGAUUGUAACAUGGCCAAAAAAGACAGUGAAGCAUAGGACAGUAGGCCGGCCAAAAGGAAAGCUUGGAACCUCUGCAGCAGUGAAGCUCGCUGCUAACAGAGCUACAGCUGGAGCACGUAGGAGGAGAACAAGAUGUCGGAAAUGCGAGGCAUGUUUAAGAACCGAAUGUGGCAAAUGCCAUUUCUGCAAGGAUAUGAAGAAAUUUGGAGGACCAGGGAGGAUGAAGCAAUCCUGUAUCAUGAGACAGUGCAUUGCACCAGUCCUGCCACACACAGCAGUCUGUCUUAUCUGUGGAGAAGCAGGAAAAGAGGACACUGUGGAAGAAGAGGAGGCAAAGUUCAAUUUCAUGCUGAUGGAAUGCUCCAUUUGUAAUGAAAUUGUGCAUCCUGGCUGCUUAAAGCUACAGGAUGGAGAUGGAGUUGUCAAUGAAGAGUUGCCAAACUGCUGGGAAUGUCCAAAGUGCAACCAUGAGGGUAAAACAGGGAAAGUCUAUAAGCAGAAAAGAGGGCCAGGAUUUAAGUAUGCCUCCAACCUCCCAGGUUCACUGCUAAAAGAGCAAAGGCAGAACAAAGAGCACAAGGACAACAUGGAAACAGUCAAGAAAAAGGGUGAGCGAGAGGAAAAUUCCAAGCGGAAAUCCGAAGAACAUUCCAAGAAACAAUCCGAUGACUCUGUUCCCAGGAGGAAGUCUGAGGAUGGGCUUGUGAUACGGAAGCGACGAAUUGCAGAUAGAUCAUCAGACUCAAUUGUCAGAAAAAAGUUUAAGAUUGGAAGGGAAGAAAAGCUGUUAAGGAGAAAGAAACGAUCCUUGCAUCCAACAGAUGACCGUCCAACACCUGUCAAAUUAUUGCGGAAUAUCAAACAAGAGCCAGAGGAUGAUGCACCUGAGACUCCUCAGAAAACAAAGGAGAGUGACCAGUCUCGGUCAAGCUCUCCGAGAGCUGGUCCUAGCACUGAAAGUGCAGAAUCCAAGGAGAAGAAAAGCGAGAGGUUUAAAGAAAAGCGCAAAAAGCGAUUGCACAAUAAAGAACUCAGUAAAGAGUUGAGCAAAGAACUCAAUCAGGAAAUUCAUAAAACUGAGAGUAGCCUAGCCAAUGAGAAUCACCAACCUAUUAAAUCUGAAGGAGACAGUGAAAAAGUGGAAAAGCCUAAACGACUGCUGGUGAGCAGCGAGCGGCUGCACAAGUUAAAUGGAACUCCUAGGUUUAGACACCAGCUGACAACGAGUUUGAGGCGGGCUCCCAGGGUUAUUACCCGACCACCACCUUCGGUGUCCCCGACAAAAUCCAUUCAGAUGGAGCGACACGUGGUGCGGCCUCCACCUGUCAGCCCACCCCCAGACUCAUUGCCCCUCGACGAUGGCGAAGACCACGUGAUGCAGAGGGAGGUGUGGAUGGCUGUGUUCGGCUACCUCAGUCGCAGAGAUUUGUGUGUUUGCAUGAGAGUCUGUAAAACCUGGAACAGAUGGUGUUGUGACAAGAGGUUAUGGACCAAGAUCGACUUGGGCCGAUGCAAGUCAAUCACGCCUCUGAUGUUGAGUGGAAUCAUUCGGAGGCAACCUGUAACGCUUGACCUGAGCUGGACAAACAUCUCAAAGAAGCAGUUAACUUGGCUCAUCAACAGGCUGCCAGGUCUUAAGGACUUGAUUGUUUCCGGUUGCUCCUGGGCAGCGAUAUCAGCACUUUGCAGCUCUAGUUGCCCCUUGCUCAGAACCGUAGAUCUCAGAUGGGUGGAAGGAUUAAAAGAUGCUCAAAUGAGAGAUAUGCUUUCACCUCCAACUGACAACAGACCAGGCCAGAUUGACAAUCGUAGCAAAUUACGUAAUGUGACGGAUCUUCACUUGGCUGGCCUGGAUAUUACAGAUGCAACACUCCGCCUUAUUAUUAGGCACAUGCCGAUGCUUUCCAGACUAGAUCUUAGUUACUGUAACCAUCUGACAGACCAGUCAAUUAACCUAUUAACAGCAGUUGGCACAACAACAAGAGAUUCUUUAACAGAAAUCAAUCUAUCGGUUUGCAAUAAAAUCACUGACCAGUGCCUAACCUAUUUCAAACGCUGUGGCAACAUCUGCCGAAUAGAUCUUCGUUAUUGUAAGCAGGUAACGAAGGAAGGCUGCGAACAGUUCAUAGCAGAGAUGUCUGUUAGCGUUCAGUUCAAUUUGUCAGAGGAGAAACUGUUACAAAAGCAUAGUUAACUAAACAAAGAGAAACUGGACACCAAAACAAAAAGAACAUUUAAUUUCAUCACAUUUAAUUAUGACCAGCUCCUUGUUAUUGCCACCAGACAAAUGGACAUGGAUGAACUGUACGAAGGACAGAAAUGUAAAGGUAGCAUAAGCUACUUAACUGAACAAAAAAUGUUUCUACACAUGAAGAAUCACUCAAAUUUGAAUUUAUUUCAUAAGUUUUAAUAAAUGUAUAAUAAAGACACUGUACAAGUGUUUUUACUUGGUACGUAUAAACAUGUGACAAGAAGAAUAUUGAUAAAAAACUAAGACUUUUGUGCACGUUUUACAACUGAAGCAUGUGCAUUGUAAAUUUUAAUUUGUGUUCUUUUUAAAGAUGCCAUCUUGAUAAAAAAAAAAGGGUUAUCUUAUAGAUAGAUCCAACCACACAUUGGGAUCACUUUGACCAUGUUAUAAAUAUUGUUCUGUUUUGUUACAAUCUACACAUCAUACAUUAUGCAGAAGUAUUUUUGUACAGAAAUUACUUUAUUGAGAGUAAUGUGGAAAUUUCAAUGGUAACAUUAUUACUUAUAUACAAUUGAAAUGCAAUUUAUUUCAAAUUUCCCUAUUUGUUACUUGUGGUUUAAUCUCUGUAUAGUUCCACAUGUUUCACGUGGAACAAUCUUUGUGACAUUUGUACGUGCCAUCAUUGCAUGCCUUUAAGGCAAUCAUGUUAGCAGUAAUAACACUGUAAUGAGAUGUUGGUUUUCCACCAAAUGUUGUUGCCAUUUUGUCAUUGCUGAAUUUGUAUAAAAGUUUUGUCUUCAAUGCUGAACUAUUGGUAAAUUCAUGGGGAGCAGCAUUUUAAACGCUGUACAAUAUACAAGCCUUUGACAAUUUUCUUAACACUUUCUAUUCCUAUUUUAUAUCUGCAAGUUGGUAAGCAUUGAGAGAAGAUGGAAGUGAAGGGUCAUGUAAUAAGAAAUUUAUUUCUAUAGUGGCUACUUAAAAGCUGAAAUAUUUUUGCUUUUGGAUCUGCUUGAUCAGCACAAGUUCAAUAGAACAAGACUGGGUUCCACAUUCUUGAUUGAAAAGAGCAGGUUCAUCCUCCCUUGAAAAAUGUUUGAAGAAAUUCAGCUCUUUGCACCCAGUUCUUCAGUUAUGAGGUUGAUGUUUGCAAUUCCAUGAAAACGUCAGUAAAGUUGGGAAAUUCAUACAUUUUGUGAUGAAUUGUAGGUAACAAUACAAUGGAGAUGGCAAAGAACAGAUGAAACCAAUAUGAAACUGCAGUUAUUCACUGCAGAUUUCCUGAUCAGAAAGGGAUUUUGCUUACUCUUACUGUUAGAUACUGUAAUCUAGUGAUACUAAAUUGUUAUUAACAAAUGUUCCGUUAAGUGUAGUUUACCCACUGUAGUCAGGGAAGAUAUUAAGCAGUGGUGGUUUCAAUAUGACCACAACUUCUGUUACAAACUUUGAGCUUGAUCUAAUUUACUUAAUGAAGUAACCAGUGAGGACAAGUAUGUUUCCAUGUUAUGUCAAUAUUGCCACCAUUGGCAUAUUGCAUAAUGUUCCUGUUCUUGUAAGAAUGUUUAAAGUUAGAUUGUCUAGUUCUAGUGAAGGCCAAGCAUUCUGAAUUGAGGAUUCAAUCGAAUCUUUUGACCUUUGGAAGAAAUUUAUGAUCACUUGGCAGAUCAUAAAAUAUAGCUUUCCCUUUUCAAAUGUUCAUUUUCUCAGUAUAGCUGAUAUGGCAUCUUAAAAUUAUGUAGCAAAAACAGUCACUGUACAAAACUUUAUUGUGAUUACUAAACAUGAGUACCCAACAGUUCUAUUUCAAUUUACACCGUUUUAAAUUGCGUAGAAGCCAAUAUUUCUGUGCAUACAGUGCACUCAGCCAUUAAUGUCAAAUAAGCACUUUAUUUGACAUUGCUUGCAUAUUGGUACCCCGAAGCAGGUUUUAAACAACAAAUUUAAUUCUGCUUUGGUGUUGGUGAAAGGAUCUGCAUAAACUGGUCCGAUGGCAGAGAAUGACACAUUCAUCUUCCUCCAGGUAGAUGUUGCCUUUUGCCUGCCAUCAUCAUUGUAGCCCACCCCUAUCUUGCCACCCAAGCACUCUCCAUUUACCUCAACUUCCGUCCUCUUAAAUGCUAUGGAGAAUGAAUGAGAGUUUAAGCCACAUCAGAUCCUUCACUGCUGGAGCACUCCUCUUUGGCAAUGCAAGCAGAGCUGAUGCAGCUCUAUCUGUUGAAAGGGCUAUAGGAAAUACUUUACUGUGAUAUAGAAUAACAUCCCUGCAUUAAUUAUUUUCCUUGGUGCCAAAAUUCCCCAAUGUCUAAAGGCUUUUAUCUGCCAACCUGUGGGAUACAGCUGAAGCAAACACAUGCUUGGGCUACUUGUGCCUGGGGACUAUUGAACCUGUCAACAUCUUGAGAAAGCUGCACUUAUUCCAGGCAGAUUUUAGUAUUAUAAGUUAUAAUAGUGAUUGCAUAGGUAAUCACUGCUUAGAGGAAUAACAAUGUAAUUUACAUGCAGAUUUUUUAUACAUAUAAUGUAAAUAAAAUCUUAUUAAAUACAUUUUAGCAUUCAGCUUUGUAUUGUUCAAACAAUCCCCAAACCAAAAACAAAAUGGAAUAAAGAGGGACAAAGUUCCAAGUUGGAAGUAUUGUAGAACAAGCCAAUGAACAAAAUUGAGCUGGAUUUUCUCUGCAUUGAUUUUAAUCCUAUGAUUCGUACCAAGUCUGGAUGAGAAGAGCUUAAGAUGCGAACUUUUCCUUGGUGCUCAUUGUGAGUAACAUUAUUUAAAAAGUGUCUUGCCUCACAUGGCAUAUGUGGGAAGUCAUCAGUGAACAUCACAACUGAUAUUCAAUUCAGUUGCAAAUAGAACAAUCCAUAGCUGUGUGCAGCAACACCAACAUACUGUCCAGAUACUGCCUUGGCACUUGUGGCACAGGUAUUGCUUGUCCAAAUCAGGCAAUGAAUAUCCAACAAGUCAGUCACUCAUCAACUCUUAAACUUCCAUGACAUCUACAUUGCCAUGUUUCCUACCAUCAGUAUCCGAGGAGUCCAGAAGGUCAACUAAAAAAGCUACACAAAUUUUUGGCAACAAGUGAAAUUUAAAGAUUGGGAUUCCCACAACAAGCAACUGAUCUUUAUCCAAUUCCUUUACAACAACCACAGGUCACAUCAGCAGUGUGAUGGAACUCUCCCCAUCUGGCUGGAUGAAUGCACCUCCAAUAACAAGCUGAACAAACACAUGAUAAUGUAAUCAUUAAACAUCUAUUUCCUCCACCCCAAGUUCAUAAUAUUGCAGUUUUUACCAACUACAAAUGUACUGCAUUAAUCAAUCUGGCUAUUCCAUCAUCACAAGGGACAAGAACAGCAAAUGCACAGGAGUAACCACCAACUACAAUUUCCACUUCAAAGUUGUACACAGGCUUGACUUGGCAAUAUAAUUGCUAGUUCAUUAUUGGCACUGGGUCCAAAUCCUAGAACUCAGUACCUGACUCUUCUGUUGGGAGUACCUUAGCAAGUCAAGGCAGUGAUCCCUCCCACCAUCACAAGGGAAAAUUUAAGAUGGACAAUAUCUGUUGGUCUUAACCAACUAGAUACCAAAAAUUAAAAAAGUCAAGGAUCAAAGUUAGAUCCUUGCCACUUCCUAAAAUUAGGAUGUGUUCAGUUCAGGGGUAUUUACAAAUGCAGUAAACCAUCCUGAUGCAGAGUCUCAAUCCAAAAUGCCAGUUCCUCCAGCAGUAUGUUUUUGCAAGUUAUUAAAGUAUAAUAAACUUCACAGCUUAGUGUUUCCUCCUAAUUUAAGGUUGGAUCGAAAGCAAGAUUCUGUAGUUUUUUAUUUGGAAAUAUGGACUAAAAACAAAAUGCUGGAAAAGAUCAGAAAAUAUUCUGUACAUAGCAAAAUAAUGCUGGCAUUUGAGGUCAGUGAUCUGGUUCUGUCCUCAUGUACUCUGACCCAAGUAUUUAAGAACAUAGAACAGUGCAGCAGAGUCCAGCCAUUCAGCCCACACUGUGCCAACCUUUUAACGUAC